CUUGUCAUUUUUCAUAAACACUAUAAAAGAUUAUAAAACUUUGAUUUUCUUUUGUUUUCUAUUUUAUUUUAUUCACUAUUUUUUUUUUAAUUGUAUAAACGUAACCAUGUCCAAAUCAAAUGUAAAUGAAGAUCAAAAGAAAAAGAUGGAUAAAAUAUAUCCUCAUGUUCCAAUAAAAGGAGGCUGGGAGAUUCCUCGUAAACUAUUCCAUUUUUCAAUUGGCUUUAUUGUGUUAUAUCUUUAUUUAAAUGGGACAGAUACAAGAGACGUAUAUCCCUUCUUAACUGUAUUUUUAUGCAUCGUCCUGACUGGUGAACUUUUAAGAUUUAGUUUUGAUUGGUUCAACGAUAUUUACUGUUAUAUUUUAGGACCUCUUAUGAGGUCUUCUGAAGUAAAUACAAUAAAUGGAGUUGUCUAUUAUUUAUUGGGCUGUAUUAUUGUACUGUAUUGGUUUCCAAGAGAUAUUGCAGCACUAUCAAUUAUUUACUUGUCAUGGACAGAUCCUACUGCUAGCAUUUGUGGUAAAUUGUGGGGCAAAUAUACCUGGAAAUAUAAGAGCGGUAAGAGCUUAGCGGGAUCAUUAGGUGCAGCUAUCACAGGUUGCCUUGUGACCUGGAUUUAUUAUCAUUUGAGCCCGUCAUCCGCUUUUGCUUUGUCUUACCGUACCUUGACUAGUCCAGUUCCCUUAUGGCUCAUGUCUAUCUACGGUGGUCUUGUGGCUUCAUUCAGCGAAGGUGUUAGUGAUUGUUUAUACAAAUUAGACGAUAACUUUACUAUUCCUGUUAUGAGUGCUAUUUUAUUAUGGAUUCCACUUAUUGGUUUACGUUUAGGAUAUUGAAUAUUAGAUAUUAACAUACAAACAUACAUAGAAUCAUAAUAUAAAUUUUUAUUAUACAUAUAUCCAUAAAAGAAACAAACGUCUCGCUUAUUUAAAUUAUAAGCAUCUAUUUUAAGGGAG